AUGGUUGAUGAAAUAACUAGUAAUAUUCAAGAACUAAUAUCUGCUAAAGCACAAGAAUUAUUUAAAAUAUGUGAUAAAGAAGAAAAAGGUUUUAUUAUUAAAAAAGAUAUACAACGUUUACGUGAUGAACUUGGUGUUGAAUCCGAACAACUGGAAGAUGUUUUUGAUUCAUUAGAUAUCGAUCAUAAUGGUUUUUUAACACUUGACGAAUUUACAUCUGGUUUUGGUAAUUUUAUUGGUAAUCAAAUGGAGACUAUUAAUGAAAGUGAAUCAGAAUCGAUUGAACAUAAUCCUAAUGAAAAUGAAGAACAACAAGCAUUUCAUGAUACAUUAGCAGCAUUAGGAGCAAAAGGUUUAUAUGAUGAUGAAGAAACAAUUAUGGGACUUUGGAUAAAAUUGCGUGAAACUGAUCCAAGUUUAUUAAGACAAUUUGAACAGUUUAUUGGUAAAGUUACCGAAGAAAUUAAACGUUCAAAAUUAGAUCAUCAAAGUAUAGAAGCAGCUUUACAAAGUAAAUCAUCUGUAUAUAAUGAUGAAAUAAAAAGAUUAUAUGAUGAAAUGGAACAACAAAUAAAAAUUGAAAAAGCCAAAGUACUCGAAGAAGAAAAAUUAAAGGAACGUGAACUUCGAGAACAAAUGGAAGAGGAAUUACGUAUGAAAGAACAACAAUUAGCUGAAAUAACUAAAAAACAAAAUGAUUUAGAAAUGAAAUUAAUUGAUAUUAAUAUAAAUGAUACAGAAAUGAAAAAUGAUAAUGAACGAUUACAAAAAGAAAAAGUUGAGCUUGAACAACAAUUGCAAGAAAUAACAAAAAAUCUUGAAGAAUCAAAAAUUUAUAUAUCUCAAUUACAAUUUCAAACGAAAAAAGAAAAACGUGACAGAGCAAAACAAACAUUAAAUUUAACUGAAAAUCUUGUUGUUGAACGUGAAAAUCUUGUCAAAGAACUUAAUAAACUUAAAUCUUUAAAUAAACGUUUAGUUGAUGAACGUGACCUCCAGCAUGGUGCUAAUUCACAAAAACGUGGUUUAUUACUAAAUCAUGGAUCAACAGAAAAAAAAAAUUCUAUUCUAUCAAAUUACAUUUCUUCACCAUAUAGAGAUGAUAGUGAACCUGAAGAAGAUGAUGAUGUUAUGCAUUCAAUAGAUAAUGAUAAAAUUGAAAGUAAUACUGAAAUCACACAAAAUCAAGAUCAUGCCGAGUAA